GGCGAGCAAGCUGUGGGCAAGUGGACUGACCUGAAGCUUGGAGAUCAGCCCACUGGGUUGUCUGCCUUUUGCUUUUGCCUUGCCAGAGGGAUGGCCAUUCCGUCUAGCUCUUCACCCUGCCUCUCGCGCCCUGCCUUCCCCUUCCCAUCAGCCCACCUAAACCUAUUGAUUGGCAGACACAGAGACCCAGCAAGUUUACCUCUUGAUGGAGUUAUGCGCUCAGAGGAAAAUCCAUACUUUCCUUGUACCCAGGCCAUUCAAAUUUUUUGUCUAGGCUGCUUAAUCUCGUCAUCCAAUCUUGGCAAUUUUGUUAAUCACUCCCUUGUCUAUUUACAACCGAGUCGACCAGGAAGUGCUAAAGAAUCUGGAGGACUAUCUGCUGCCACGGUUGCUUCACCUCCUGCUGGGAAUAGCAGCAGCUAUGCCGGAAGUGGUUCGUCCAUCAAUCUCGGACAACAACCGCCGACUCCCACUUCGACCCCAGGUCUCAUCAUCUCGUCCUCCCCCACUCCUGUCUCUACUGUGACUUCACUUUCAGCGUCGAGUCUUCCUGGUAACAUAGCCGCAUCUACUGCAGCUGUGACGACAUCUAGUAGUUCGGGGAUGACAGCCGUAUCUUUGCCGCAGCCUCAUUCGCAACAACCUACUCCCCUGUACUCAGGUGGCGUGUCAACAGGUGGCUCCUAUGGCCGUGUGUCUUCAGGUGGUGGGGCUCCACGGCAUUCCUCGGGCUCUGUGUCCACUAUGAUGACAGGCAACCGCUACUCUGGUCAGCCGACUCCGGCUUACAAUUCCGGUCCCAUGGGCUAUUAUGGGCCUCAAACGGGGCCUCCUAUUGGACCUCCACCGAGCUCAUCAACAUCAACGCAACCACAAGGGUCUUUGUUGCAUCAUCCUCACCAUACUGCUUCUAUUACUGGAGGAGGCAAGCCGUCUGGCAUGAUGAUGGUGUCCCCAGGAACAGACAGUGGUGGCGCUGGUCCCAAUUGUGGUGCCCCUACACCAACUCUUCGGCAUCCUGGUUUGUCGCAAACUACUAUGCCAAGUGGGGCCUUUGGUGUUCGCUCUGGGAGUGCUUCUGUAGGCUCCGUCUCUUCCUCCUACCAAGGCAUCGCUGGAGGCCUUAUGCCACCUCCUCCACCCCCUACAAAUGGGACUGGACAAAGCCCACAAAUCCAGCAUCCGGGCUAUGGACCUCAAGGCCACCCUCAGUCCCCAUAUGGCAUGCUGCCAAUAUUGUCACAACAGCAACAAUCUGCCCUAAAUCAGACACCCGAUGGAGUGGUUAUCCAAGCUAAUCAACAGCAACAACAGCAUUGUGGUAUGCUUUUAUUUGUACUUAUCUAA